ACAAAAUAUAUGCGCGUUUUGCCGAUCAAGGACGUGUUUAUAUUUUGCGUCUAGAAAUCAUUGAAAAAACGGCAUUGUAACACGAAUUUAGUUAUUCAUCUUCAGAGUGAGUAUUAUACUAACAGCAAUCUGUGUUUGUAUCGCCAAGCCGUUUUGAUUUUUCACUAUAAUAUAACGAAAACGGCCCUUUAUGAAAGUCGCUAUAUGGCAUCGCCUGUGAGUGAAUAUAACGAGAUAAUACUGUCGGAAAAUUCUAAGAAUCCUGGUGAGCGUGUGACGGAAAAGGAAGAAGUCGACGGUGGUAAGCAAAAGGCAAAGAAACAUAGGCGAAAGCGCGGGAAGAAGCACAAGCCCGAUGAUAAAAAUGAAUUUGCAUUGAACAGCGAGGAAGUGGAUAAAGAUACAGGGCAAACUUCCGUACGGAAUAAGAGUCCCAGUGCAAAAAGUCAUGAUGUUCCAGAGACCCCAGAGAAGGGUUAUGAUACUCCAAAACAUCAUGUUCGUCAAUAUAGGGGGAAAACUCCAAGGCAUGGGCAAAAUCGUCCAGAUAAGUUCCCCGAAUCAAAUGCUACCCCACAACAGUCCUCUGGUCAUCACAGACAUGACACCCCAGGGGAACACAGACAGAACUCCCCCAGGAGACUAUUGAAGAAUGAAGGCCCUCAAACUCCAGUGACUGAUGAAUCCAGGCAGAAUGCUGGUCAUUCAUCCAAAAAGAAAAAGCAUAAGAAAAAGAAAAUUUACGAAGAGUAUUGGAGCAAAGAGAGAGUGUCAGAUGCUCUGAAACGCAACGAGAUCCACACAGGAAGUCUACGGAUAAGUGCAAAGAAUUAUGAGAUUGCAUGGGUUAGCGUGAAAGGCUUAAAAAGGGACAUAUCAAUUUCAGGUAUGCUGCUUCGGAACAGGGCACUUGAUGGUGAUGUAGUUGCUCUUGAAAUUUUGCCAAAAGAGAAUUGGAGAAUUAUGCAUGAAGAAAUGAAAUUUCAUGAAACUCCUGUUGAAGAUGCCACCGAAAAGCUUGCAAAUGUACAACUAACAUCCGAAGAAAAGGAUAUUGGUGAGAAUCAUGUAGGAAAGGGCAGUGACUUUUCUAAAAGUCCUGGCAAGCAAGAUAAGAUUAAUAUCCAUGAAGUACCAGAACAAUAUCUUCAGAAAACAGCUAAAGUUGUGUAUAUUAUUGAAAAGAAACAUACUCGGAUUGCUUGCGGUUACUUACGACCAAUGAAAGAUCCCAAUGAUACAGAUGGCCUGUUUUCACCGACCGACAGCCGUGUACCGAGGAUUAGAAUCGCUCACAAUGAUUGUCCUCCCGGUUUCUUUGAGAGGCCGCAAGAUUUUGCAACAACCCUGAUGAUCGUUCGCUUGACAGAAUGGCGUCGUGAGGCACCACUUGAUUCCUUUUUGGCUGGUGGUAUUUUCGCAAGAAGUCUCGGUGAAGCUGGUGAAAUUGAGCCGGAGACUGACAGUCUUCUGCUGAUAAAUGAUAUAGAUUCCAGUCCGUUUUCCCAAGAAGUUUUGGACUGCCUACCGAAGGAUUUACCUUGGAAAAUUCCCGAGAAGGAACUCGAAUCGCGACGCGAUUUUCGAGACGUUUGCGUGUUCACAAUAGAUCCGGCGACGGCUCGGGACCUUGACGAUGCACUGCAUUGCACCAAAUUUGAUGAUGGUACGUUUGAAAUUGGCGUUCACAUUGCCGAUGUUAGUUUCUUUGUGAAAGAAGGUACGGCUUUAGACGAGGUGGCUUCUGCUCGGGCCACUUCGACCUACAUGGUGCAGAAAGUCAUUCCGAUGCUUCCCCGACUGUUGUGCGAAGAAUUGUGUAGUCUGAAUCCGGACGAGGAUCGGCUGUCGUUCUCCGUCGUGUGGAAGAUGGACGGGAAUGGAGUUGUUCAGGACGAGUGGAUGGGGAAAGGAAUCAUACGAUCACGUGUAAAGCUGUCGUACGAGCAUGCGCAAGAGAUGAUCGAUGACCUGGAGAAGAGUUGGAGCGAGGACGAGCAUCCUCCGCUGGCCUGUGGCGCAACGAUCGCUGACAUCGUGAAAUGCGUUCGUAAUCUCAACAAGAUCGCGGUGAAGCUGCGUCGGAAGCGUUUCGAGAACGGAACGUUGCGACUGAACAAGGCAAAGAUUUCGUUUGAUCUUGAUGGUAAAACUGGUCUACCAAUAGGAUGGCAUCCGUACAUCCAACGUGAAAGCAACAAGUUGAUCGAGGAGUACAUGCUGUUAGCUAACAUGGCCGUCGCACAUCGUAUUUACAAAGCAUUUCCCGACAGAGCCAUGCUUCGUUGCCAUCCGAAACCAGACUCGAGGCAACUGGAAGAGGUUCGUGCUCUCUGCGUUUCGUUAGGCAUCAACUUCGAACAUCAGUCUUCGAAAGGAAUCCAAGAAACCUUGAAUACGUUUCCCGCCAAUUCUCCAGAGCAUUUGGUUCUUUCGCAUCUUUCCAUGAAACCCAUGAAGGCAGCAAAGUACUUCUGUGCGGCCACGGCUGAAGGGGAUCCCGAAGAGUUCCUACACUAUGCCCUCAGCGUACCUCUUUACACCCAUUUCACCUCGCCCAUUCGAAGAUAUCCCGACGUCAUUGUACAUCGACUGCUUGCCGCGUGUUUGCAAGUCGAGCCGGAACCUGAGUUCAAGUCUGAAGACCUCGAAGUGGUCGCUGGACGUUGCAAUGACAGAAAGCUCGCCGCAAAGAAGGCGGGGGAGGCAAGCGUGGAAUUAUACCUGGGCGUUUUUGUGCGGGAGUGUGGGCCUCUGACCGAAGAAGGUGUUGUUGUUCAUGUCUUGCACGAAUCGGUGGAUGUCUUGGUGCCGGAUUUUGGCAUCAUAAAGAGGAUCUACUUUAAAUUUUCCAAUGAAGUGAAGUCGUUUGAGUACCAAGAAGGAACCAAGAUCAGACCAGCUGAAGUCUCGAUAACGUGGAAGAGCCCGCAUGAUAAGAGAAAGUCUGGGGAAGAGAACGAAGGUACGAACGAAAGCCACAGGAAUGAUAAAGAGGAAGCAACAGAGAUUAAUCAUCGUCAGCAACAUCGCAGACGUACGGAAAUACUCAAGAUCUUUUCUCGUGUUCGAGUCUUGCUGAAAACCGACUGCGAUAAGACCAAGAAUAAAGGUGGACUGCGAUUCUCUGGCGAACUUCUUCAAAACGUUCAAAAAGAAUGAUGUGAAAACGCUCUGUGUGGGAACAUUUUAAUCGUUUUUUAAUUGAGAAAAAAUUUGAAUUGUGACUUUGUGUGAUUUUUACUACAUUUGAUGUGUCAAUUGAUAAAUUAUUACUGAAAUACGCAUGUUGGGCAUGUAUAAUUAUUUAACUUACAAAUCGAACCGUUAAAUUGGAAUAUUUUAAUGAAAUGAAUAUUUUAGUGUAACUUUUUAGGUAAUUUGGGACAAAGGAAAAUAAAAUAUUGCGUUUGUAU